UUAAGAAGUAGAAGGUUUUCUUCCUUUGUUGUGUUGCAUUACGGGAAAAAAACAUUGUACAACGAUGUACACUUGAAAUCAGAGUGCAUUGUGGGUACAGACAAGUGAGCGAAAGUGUAAAGCGUUAAAAAUGGAGUGCACUGUGUAGGAGACAGAGUGAUUUUGGACGCAGCUUCUCACAUUUUUUUAUUAGUCUUUCCUACUGCUUUGGCAGUGCUGGGAUGUGAACUCACAACCUUCUGAUCCCCUUCAGACCUUCAUUACUGUUUCCAUAGGAACAGCUCUGAACUGAGUGUAAGCGAUGAUGUGCUGAGAUCUUUAGGGGAUGAUGGUUUGACCUGCAUGGACGGAGUCUCCAGUGUGAGGGGUGCAGCUGCUGCAGGACAGUGGGGUUUUUCAUCAGAUCUGAGAUGAAAGAAGCCACAUGCCGUUUGAGUCAUUCAUCUUUACACACACUGUACCAUGGUGGAGGCAGGAGAUGUGUUCAGUGUGAGAACAAGUCCCACAUUCACAACUUUCAUUCAAUAAAACUCUCUCAUUCAUCCUCUCUUUCUCUCUCACACACACACACACACACACACACACACACACACACACACUAUAUACACCCUCCUCCAGAGACGACUCAGGACCUGUGGCUUGAGGAGAUAAAAGUAGAGAGAGAGAAAGAGAAAGAACAAAGAGAGUAAAUUCUUUCAACAGAAAAAAAGCAAGAAGAUUCCUUCAGAAGUUCUUCACAAGAGGCACUUAUCAUGUCCAUCAUCUCCACAGCGCUGCUGUCCCUCAUCCUGCUAAGUCUUCUCUUUUCCACAGUGGUGUGUCUCAGCUGUUACGAGUGCGAGUAUCCGAACAAUCCAAUCACAUGCGUGAAGCUCACUAAGAAAUGUGCUGCAGGUGAGCGCUGCCUUUACAGCACCUCCAUAGCCAAAAUAGGCUCCAAAGUUGCCGUGUUGAAAAUGAAGAGAUGUGCCGCAGCGUCUAUGUGUGAUGUCACCGAAAAAAGAAAUAUCCAAGGAUUAAUCUUUAGAUACACCACACACUGCUGUGACACUAACAUGUGUAAUGCUGCAGUUCCGCUGGAUGCCCCCUACUGGACCAAAACAUUACUGAGCCUUGUUGGCAUGGCACUCACCAUCCUGCUGGCAUCAGCAUGAAACCACACCCACCUUCUCACUUACUACAUAAAUAUUUACUGUCCAAAUAAUUAGUACACCUGCUAGUUUAUGCAGUUAUCAGCAAAUAAUGCGGUGGCAGCAGCACAAGGCCUAAAAUUAUGCAAUCUGGCCUCAGAUUGCUCUCAGGAACAAUGCAUUUCCAACCACAGAAGUGUCACUUAAUGUUUUUUUGUUUCUCACACCAUUCUGUAUGAAAUCUAGGGACUGUUGUGUGAAUAAAACAGAGCAAGAGAUCAGCAGUUUCUACUCAAAAACCCAAACCAACCCAUCUAGCUCGAAUCUCACAGUUAAAGACUCAUACGAGAUGUAAAAAUUACUUAGAUCUUCAUCUUCAAGAUCUUGCUGUAACUGUUUGGCUGAUAAGUGCAUGAAUGAGCAGAUGUGUAGAUGUUCCUAAAGCACACUAUAUGGGUAAACGUCAGGUACUGGUGAGGAGACUGGUGCAGUCAACGUUCAAAUUCAUCCCAAUAGGGUUGGAGCACUAUAGCAGGAGAUCUUCCACAU